ACCGACUCCGAUCUAGAACAUGAAGCUUACAUACGAGAGGAUGAGGAUCCGGAAGCACUCAUUCGUACCGAUCUUAAUCCAAAAUUACAGGUAGAUUAUGAUAUUGUGUUUUCCCCCACAUAUCAGGUCCCCGUGUUGUAUUUUUCACUGCGUUGGCACCAUUCUAAUGGCCCGGUGGGUCUGGAUGCUGUCUAUCGGUAUGUGGUCCCGGAACACUACCAAGAAGAGUUGAAGAGUGUGGGAAUCAUGGGUGGGAUCAGCUUUGGUUAUCAUCCAGAUUCGGAUACUCCGGCCUUCUUUGUUCACCCGUGCAACACUGCCAACGCCAUGGUACAGGUGACUGACGCUCGGAGCCGUCCUGGGACGUAUCUUCUCAUCUGGCUCGGUCUCGUAGGUCAUUGUGUGAACCUGCACAUCCCACGCGAGCUGCUUGCCUCUGAUAGUACCGGACUAUCCUGA